AUGUCUGAGUUCAAAACAAAUUGUUAUGAAUGCAAGCAUCCAAUCUCUAUUCAAGGUUGUGACGGCCCUCUAAUAGAUUCUAAUGAUAUACAGAACUUAGAUGCUUCACUAUACGAAGAUGUUAUGAAAACAGAUCGCAUAUUGGAGCUUGCUUCUUCAGACACUCAAGAUACUCAAGUCCUUUGCAUGAACUGUUUGAACCAGCUGAUUUCUUCCCUUCAAAAGCGGAUCCAAGAAGAAAACGAUACGAAACUUCUCUUAGAUAUUUUUUUAAUGUAAAAAUAUUUUUUGAUAUAUAAGUGAUAAUUAAUAUAAUGAAAUCUUUAGCUAAUUCAGUUUAAGCAGCGUGUAUUUUAAAAUAUAAAUUUUAACAAAUUAAAAUUAAUUUUCACUUUCCAAUAUUGGAAUAAGGAUUUUUUUAAAUUUCGAAAAACAAGAAUUACAAUAAAAUUACCACACAAAUUUUAAAAAAAAAUUAACUGAAUGAACAAAAUUGUUGUGUUUACUCACAGAGGAUGGAGGUAAGAAUAAGCAAAAAAUCCUAUAUUUUUAACGAAUCACAAAUUAUUUUUAUAAAAUAGCCUUCACACAUAGUAUUUGAUAUAUAAUUGAUAAUUAUUUUAAUUAAACUUCCAAUGACUCUAUUAAAUUUAGGUGUUUUAAAUUAUAUAGUUAUUACACUAAUAUUGGAAGGGGUUUCUACACUUAGAGAAAUCAUCCAACGUACGGAACUAAUAUCUAGAUGUGGAGCUAUUCUGAUCAGAACUCCAAAUGUGGAUUUUCCAAAAAUAAAACAGUCAUAUUUAGAAAUUUUGAUAAAAAUAAACCUCUAAUUAAGAGUAAUUUUUUUGUCUGAGAGCUAGAAACCAACUCGAAAUCUUUUCUCAACAGCUCGAAGAAGACUCUAGCGAAGAUUCAACAGAAGAACAAAUUGAAGAGCUGAAGUCGAAAAUCAUGGAAUAUAAAUUAGAAAUCAAGGCACAAAACAACGAAUUCAAAAGCGUCCAAAAAGAUUUAAACGAGCUUGUACAAAAAGAGCAAGAGUUUUGAAAGGAAGCGAGUGCAUUAGAAAUCAAGCUGCUUGAUUUCGAAGAGUCAAAUGCUGAAGUGGCUCAAAGAAUGAAAAUUGCUGAAGAAGAACUUUCACUUCUAAACAGAAUCAAUGUGCUUAAUGAAAUAUUUUAUAUUAGCUCAGAAAAUCAGUUCGGUACAAUAAGCGGAUUAAGGCUAGGACGACUUGACUCUGAAAUCGUGUCAUGGGAAGAAAUUAAUGCAGCUUGGGGGCAAUGCGUACUUUUAUUAUCAACUCUUUCAAGAAUUAAAGGAUUCAAAAGUGCACAGUGCAAUCUUUAUCCGCUAGGGAGCUUUUCAAGAAUUGCUCCAGUGCAUGAUGAUUCAAAUCGAUUUGAACUGUAAAGAUAAUAUAGGUUUUGCUCUGACACAGCUUUUGCAAAAAUGAUAGGAAGAUUUAAUACAGCUCAACAAUAUUACUUAGAUUGCUUACUGGAACUUUCUUUAUUGAUGGAAACAGAAGACCAAGGGCUAUCCUUGCCAUACAAAAUAGAGAAUCAUAAGAUUGGGCAAAUUCCAAUAAAGCUAGAUAUAGGAAAUAAGGAAAACUGGACAAGAGCUUUGCGAUUUAUGCUUCAAAAUUUGAAAUAUUUGUUGCUAACCCUUUCUUGGAUAGCGAGAAAUAAAUUUUUCUAGAGAUGAAUUUUAUAUAAAAAUUUAGAUAAAAAUAUCUUUUGAUAAUCUAAAAAUUCAUUUUGUAAGUAUUUUAAAAUAAGAGAGUCUAAUUUAAUUUAUAGGAUUCAAGCUGUCUAAAGUUAAACAUAAUUAGCUCUUGAUCUCAUUAUUAUAAUCUUUAGUUAUAUAUUAAAAAAAUGCACCAAAAAAAUUGACUCUAAAUCAUUAGAUCAGGAGUAUUUAGGGUAGUGUGGACAUUUCCUCUGAAAAUUUUUCCUCGUGAGACAUAAGCUCGGAAAAACCACCAAAUUUCAAUCAAAUGUUUCAUGAGGUAAAAUUUUCGUACAAAUAUCGCAAAAGAAAUCCCUUGCACCAUAAGUCCAGAUAAUAAAGCAUGCACCAAAAAAUUUAUAUGAAACAAUUUUUUCUUGCCAACGAAGAGGACUAUUUUCUUAAAAAAUAGGAUUUUGAAAAGAUUUUUCUUGCAGAGGAAGAGGGAGUAAGAUGCAUAAGAGACUAA